UUGUUAUCGCCACCGGCCACAGGCACCGGGACGUACGUGAUGGCUUCGCCGAACCGCGGCGGAGGCGGCCGAGAUCGGCUCAGCGAGCUGCCGGACGGCGUCAUCGGCCACGUCCUCUCGUUCCUCCCCACCAAGGAGGCCGCCCGCGCCGCCGUGCUCGCCAGGAGCUGGCGCCACAAGUUCGCCUACGUCCACACCAUCUCCUUCGUGGAGUACGUUGCCCCCUUCCGCGGGGACGACUACACCUUCUACCUGAAUGCCGGGGAUCGCCGGAGCAAGAACGGGGCGUUCCUCGACGACGUCAAUGCGGCUCUCCUCUGCCGCCGGCGCUGCACAGGCGACCGCAACGCCGCGCCGCGCGCCUUCCGCGUUCACUUCGGUGGUUACUACGACUGGGACGGGCCCGUUGUGAGCCAGUGGCUCUCCCACCUUCUGCGCCGGAGCGGGCCGGAGCUCCACCUUGACCUUCGCCUACAACUCACCGUCAUGGGGGAGCACUACGCUGGGGAGCCGGACCACCACGGUGGCGCCGUCAGUGAGGCAGACGACCGCUGCCCCGUGCCCUACAACCACUACGUAGCGGAUAUGUUCACGCUACCAGUAAGCCUCUUCUCUAGCGUGGCCAUACGGACGCUCUGCCUCGGCGGCUGCGAUCUGGAUCCGCCGGAGAUCAUACGCCUGCCGCUCCUCGAGACGUUGCUCCUGAGCAGCAUCAGCGAAUUGGACUGCGGCGGCAUCCAGCGGCUCAUCUCCUGCUGCCCUCACCUCGUCGACCUUACGCUGGAGUGGUGCGACACUUUGACGAUAACCGUCCUUGACAAGCACCUCCGUAGGCUCGCCAUACGGUGCUGCCACACCCUGGUCAGUGUGACCGUCGAUGCUUCGGAGCUGAGGGAGUUCGAGUACAGGGGUGCCGUGCCUGCGGAAUCGCUCGUGACCCUCCACGGUGCGCGCAAGAUAUCUUCAUGCCACAUCGGCUUCUGCGGCAAGAAGGUUCGCAAUGGAGAUUUUUCCCGGUUCAGAAUGUUCCUCGAGCAGUUCACCGCCACAAGGCAUUUACAUCUAGUGUCAACUCAUCUCGGUUCAGACAUUGAGAGUGAAUCCCUCACGGGAUUCCCCUCAUAACUGAGCCUAUGGAAGCUUGAACUGACAGGAUAUCUUCAUCAAGGCAGCAUCGAGGCGGUGACUAGGAUACUCGAGCAGGCUCCAUGCAUUGAAAUUUUGACGCUGUUCAUGAAACCAAGUAAGGACGUCUGGGUGCACCCUCACGAGCUCAACGAUGAACUCAUGGUUCCGGAUGUUUCGAUCCCGUGCUUGGAGAAGCGGGUGAGGGAGAUCAACCUGGUGCACUACCAGGGCCACGAGGCACAGAGGUGCAUGGCCAAGCUGCUGCUCUGCAAUGCGCGGGUUCUUGAACGAGUGUGUGUUGUCUUUCCGAGGGGGCCGCGAGAGUUGCAGAUUAGACUGAAGAAUGAAAUCGGAGAAUGGGUGAUGAAGGUGAACAAGUCGGCAGAGAUGAUUUUCUUGUAAGGUAGUGUCCCAUGACUCUGAUAAUUUUGUGUAGGAUUUUAUUUCUUGCAAAGUUGUUCUCCAGUAUUUUGUCUCUUAAGAUGAAUUGCUAAAU